AUGUCGUCACCCAGCAUCUAUCUCGCCGUUAUCGGCGUUGGCGGUGUCGGCACCUGUUUCUUGUCCCAGAUAUCCUCGCUGCCCUCUCGCCUGCGCCCCUCACUGAUCUUUCUCUCCCGUUCCUCGAAACAACUCUACAAUACAUCCUACUCCCCUGUAUCUCCCUCCGACUUACAGUCCUCUUCCUCCAAACUCCUCUCCGUCCCUGAUGAACUGGUCAAAUAUCUCUCAUCCGCUCCGGGCAAGGUCAUCCUCGUCGACAACACCUCGUCUCAAGACGUUGCAAACGCAUACCCUUCGUUCCUGCAAAAAGGGAUAAGUGUCGUGACGCCGAACAAGAAGGCCUUUUCCGGCAGCCUACAGCUCUGGAACGACAUCUUCUCCGCCGUCGAUCAGGCAAAUGGAAAGGCCAUGGUAUACCACGAAUCCAGCGUGGGUGCCGGCCUUCCCGUGAUAUCCACGCUGAAAGAUCUGGUCGCGACGGGCGACCAAGUCACACGCAUCGAAGGUGUGUUUUCGGGAACCAUGUCGUUCCUAUUUAACUCCUUUGCCCCCGUUGACGGAUCUGGCGACGGGAAAUGGUCAGACAUCGUAAAACAGGCGAAAGAGGCGGGCUACACGGAACCAGAUCCAAGGGACGACCUCAAUGGGAUGGACGUCGCGAGGAAGCUCACCAUCCUCGCGCGCCUGGCUGGGUUGAAAGUGCAGGGCCCAGACGCUUUCCCCGUCCAAAGUCUCAUCCCGAAGGAACUCGAGUCGGCGAAAUCGAGCGACGAGUUCAUGGCCCGUCUGCCGGAAUUCGACGAGCAGAUGGAAUCGUACAAGGCCCAAGCCGCCGCCCAGAACAAGGUUGUGCGAUACGUCGGGUCGGUGGACGUUGGCAAAGGCGAGGUCAAGGUGGGGUUGGAAAUGGUCGAGAAGGGUUCCCCGAUCGCGGGCUUGAAAGGCAGCGACAACCUGAUCUGCUUCUACACCAAGCGAUAUGGUGCGAAUCCGUUGGUCAUCCAGGGCGCAGGCGCCGGCGGCGAAGUCACCGCGAUGGGUGUCACGGCAGACCUGAUCAAGGUGGUCGAGCGGCUGGGAUAG